AUGAACACAGAUCAAAGCCGGCGAUCGACCGAAUCCCCGUUAGAUAAUUUGAGGGGCCCUAUAUUCAUUUCCGAACCGCCAAGUUCAUUGACAUUCGGAAACACAAAAGGGUCCGCCGUCCCAUGUACAGCGUUUGGUCGCCCUGCCCCUACACUGGACUGGAUCAGAGAAGAUGGCGCUGCGGUCGAAGACAUUCCGGAUAUCCUCGAAAUUCUUCCAAACAACACCCUGUAUUUUUAUCCAUUUGAUUCCAACGAUUUCCUCCCUGAAGUCCAUACGCAUACGUACAGGUGUGUCGCUUCAAAUGACGCAGGGAUCAUCAUCAGCCGAGAUAUGGAUGUUAAAGCAGUGUUGGUGGAUGAAUACACGACUUACCAUCUGACGUCUAACGAAGUUUGGGCGAUGCGUGGAAGCACCGCCGUAUUCCGCUGUAGUAUAAACCCUUACUUUGUCAAGGACUACGUCAAGGUGGUCGGCUGGGUCCAGGGCACUAAUCCUAUAGUGGAAGAUGAGAGGAUAAGUCUUUUGUAUGACGGCGAGCUACACAUCCGGGACAUCAGAGACGCGGACCAGUUCACGACCUACCGGUGUGUGGCAAGGAAUACGCUAACAGGGGAAGAGAAAUCGAGUUCUUACGCCUACCUUACUGUUCACGAUCCUCCUGUAGGCUGGAUGGCCCCUACCAUGGACGAUGUAUCACGGACUGUCAAGGUCAAGGAAGGUGAAGCUGUUGAAAUCCCGUGCGUUGCCAGUAGCAACCCAUUACCUAAAUACAGGUGGCAUAUGAACUCUCCCACAACAAGUAUUGUCAUUGACAACACCCAUUUCGUCCAAAAAGGCGGGAAUUUGGUGGUGAAGACUGCGACAGUGAGGGAUAGUGGACACUUCAUAUGCAAUGCUUCAAAUGAACACGGGUCCGCCACAGCUGUCACGGAACUAAUCGUCACAUCUCCCUUGAUUACAUACAUUGACCCUCCGACACAGGUGAUUGACUCCGGACAGUCGGCCGUCUUCAACUGUACCGUGUCCGGGUUCCCAAUAACCUCUAUCACAUGGUAUAAGAACGGAGAACUAUUGGUUGCUGACGACAGGAUAUCCAUCCAAUCGGAUACGGUUUUGGAGAUAGUAGAUAUCAGUCGACAGGACCAGGGAAUGUAUCAGUGUAUAGUGACCAAUGACGAAGCUAGCUCCCAAGGGACGGCACAACUCCUUCUUGGGUCUGCUCAUCCUUCGUUCAUUGACACCUUCGUCGACCAAUUUGUCCUGAACGGUCAGAGAACAUCAUUACGGUGUACAGCGGCAGGUAAUCCUACACCAAAGGUAACGUGGACCUUAGACGGCACCGAGAUACCUCACGACUCCAACGUACACGUGGGCAGUUCUGUGAACUCUCUCGGGACAGUGGUCAGUUAUGUGAACAUUAGCAGUGUCCAGAUUCACUUUGGGGGUGAAUAUACCUGUACGGCCAGUAAUGAAGUUGGAGUGAUAUCAUACACUGGAAGAAUCAAUGUCUAUGGUAUUCCUUACGUCCGAAAGAUGAAUAACUUGACCGCCACGGCUGGAGAGCCACUGUCCAUCAGGUGCUACGUGGCCGGAUACCCUGUGAAGUCAAUCAAGUGGUCUAAAGGUGGAUUCGUCCUGCCACGGAAUCAUCUACAGGAUGUGGUAAACGGAACACUGUUAAUCAAAAAGGUUCAGAAAUACCAGGAUAUUGGCAAAUAUACAUGUACUGCAAAGAACGGGGACGGACAGGGCAACGGGAGCAGUCUGUAUAUCACUGUACUUGAGCCACCGAAGAUUGACCCGUUUAAUUUCCCACGUAAGAAGCAGGGUGACCGCGUGGUUGUGUCAUGUGUGGUCAGCAGUGGUGACCAGCCCCUACAGAUUAAGUGGACAAAGGACGGCGAGGAGAUUCCGCCGGACAUGGGGAUCACCAUCACGACGGUCGGUAGUUAUAGCAGCAUGUUGUCGAUUGGUGACGUCACUCCCAAACAUAACGGUAACUAUACCUGCCAGGCCCAGAACGAUGCGGCGGGAACUAACUUCACCGCUCCUCUACACGUGGAUGUACCCCCACGCUGGAUUAUUGAGCCCGAGGAUUCUUUUGUAAUCCUGAAAGGAACAGUGUCCUUAGACUGUCUGACGGCCGGAACACCAAGUCCCUAUAUAAUGUGGAUGAAAGCCGCAGGUACGAAACCCGGAAACUAUAUUGCGUUAGAAUACCUUAAGGACGACGCCGAAAACGCUACCGACAGGAUGCAGUUGCUUAGCAACGGGACACUGAUUAUCCGGGAAUCUGAGGAAUCUGACCAUGGGUACUACCUUUGUCACGCAGACAACAGAGUUGGUGUCGGACUCAGCAAAGUCAUAUUUCUCACCGUUCACAUUCCCGCCCGGUUCGAUACCCAUAUGAAAAACUACACGGUUCGGCGUGAUCAUAACAUCACAAUGGAUUGCCAGGCUAUAGGUGACAAGCCUUUGGCUGUUACAUGGAGCUUCAAUGGCCAACAGCUCAGUACACUACCAAACCCAAGACGAGAUAUGAAGACUGUCAGUACGACGCGUGGUAAGCUGUCCACCCUCGCCCUUCAUCCUGCUGUGAGGGAGGACACCGGAUUCUACGUCUGCUUUGCUAAAAAUAAAUUCGGAAACGGCGUCCAGUCGAUGCGGCUCACUGUCUUAGAACCCCCUGAGCCGCCAGCUAACCUGACACUUGUUACGAAGUCGAGCCGGAACCUCACCGUUUCCUGGUCACAGCCCUAUAAUGGCAACACGCCCCUUCUUUUCUACAGUAUCGAAUACAUCAACUCCUCAGGUGUAUGGCAGGGAGUCCUCCCAAACGUCACGGUUCACGCCAAGUUAUUGAAAGCAAUCAUCACUGACCUUCACCCCGCCUACGUCUAUUACGUCAGAGUCAGGGCCAACAACUCCGUCGGGUUUGGCCAGCCAAGUGAGCAGAUAUCUGUUUCUAUGGACGAGGAACCACCCUCUGGACCACCCCAGAAAAUACAGAUCAAGGCAAUCGGCUCAGAGGCUCUAAAGAUCUCAUGGAUGCCUCCCAACUUGUCCGAGAGGAAUGGAGUAAUCAAAGGGUACUACAUAGGCUAUAAGGAGACGAGCAGUCCGUCUCGUUUUAUCUAUAUCACAAAGGCCGUGGAGGGGGAGUUCGAACCUGUACUCGAUAUCCACAACCUUGAGAAGUUCACGGAGUAUACUGUUCACAUCAAAGCUUACAACGACCUGGGACAGGGACCCAAAUCUGUAGACUACAGUGUCUUCACGCUCGAGGAUGUUCCAAGUCAGCCUCCGCAAGGUGUCCAGGCAAAUUCCAUCAACUCGCAGUCUAUCAAGGUGAUCUGGUCUCCACCUCCACUGUUUACACUGCAUGGGAUCUUGCAAGGAUACCGUAUCCUGUAUAAACCAGUCAGGAAAGAUGAAGAUGAAAGUGACGCUAAUAUCCAGACGUCUUCUAAGCUAGAGGUAACAAUCAGUAAUCUCCAGAAGUAUACUAACUACAGUCUGCAGGUGCUUGCAUUCACGAGGAAGGGUGAGGGUGUCAGGAGUGAACCUAUCUACGUCAGAACCCAGGAGGAUGUACCGGAGAAACCAGCGAACAUAAAAGUUCUACCUGUCAAUUCUAGUUCCGUUUUGGUUGCCUGGAAACCCCCUCUGUAUAGCAACGGUAUACUUACUAAGUAUACAUUGUAUGUAAGAAAUGGAUCCGACGCGUCACAGGAGGUAGCACUUGAUGUAUCUCCCAGUCUGACCACGUAUAUGAUGGCGGACCUUCCUGUUAACAUGGACGUGUUCCUGUUAGUAUCGGCCACCACUCGGAUCGGCGAAGGGGAGAGAACUCAUGUCGCACAAGCCUCACCACUAGAGAAAGUUGCGGCCAGGAUCGCUAGUUUCUCGGACGUGUUGACGAUACCAUGGCAACAUCCAGUGACCUUACCUUGCAUGGUAGUCGGUGACCCUCCUCCGACAGUUAAGUGGAUGAUGAGAGGCGGUGAAGUUGUUGUUAAUGACCGGAUCCAGGUACUGCAGAACGGUUCUCUACAUAUCAACUCUGUGGUGGGCGGAGAUGCUGCCAAUUACACUUGCAAAGCCGAGAAUGUCUUUGGUUCUGAUUCUAUCGUGUUUGCCAUCAGUGUUCAAGUGAGCGAAAAGCUUGGAACACCUCCCAAACCCCCGAAGCUGUUUAUUGCGGCCACGACGUCAUCAACGAUACAGGUCAAUUGGAGGUCAAGCAGUAACGGCGGAAGUCCUAUACAAGGAUUUGAGCUGUUCUAUAAGAAAGAGUUCGAGUCAUGGCGGAAGAUGAGACUGGGAGCCUCGAACAGGACGUACACUGCCUCGGCCCUGUUGUGUGGUACUGUCUACAGGUUUUACAUUUCCGCCUACAACAGACUUGGUACCAGUGUCAACAGCGCGCAGAUGACAGUCAAAACAAACGGAUCAACUCCCAUCAUGCCUCCUCAGAGCAUGCUCCUGAAAUCCAUCAACACGACCUCAGUCGACCUUGACAUGAUGUCAUGGAAAACUUCCGGUUGUCCUAUCCGGUUUUAUUCUGUAAAGUACCAGGUUUGGGGUGACGAUGAGGUGGUCGAAGUGUCCAACAGUGUCAAUAGGAAUACGUCGAGUUUCACAGUGCAGGAUCUACAUCCGGCCACGUGGUACGUGAUGGUGGUUACAGCUCAUAGUGACGCAGGCUCUACAGAAAGUCACCUGAAAUUCGCUACUCUCACCUAUCAUGGAAGCACAAUUAUGCCAAUAUAUGUUGCGCGAAAAAUGGAGACACGCUUUUAUGAGAAGGCACACAUAAUUAUCCCCCUUUGUGCGGGGAUAGUGGCGCUGUGUGUAAUGACCGUUGGGAUACUCCUUUACUGCCGUAGGAGGAGGGAAAUGCAUCAUAUUAAAGAAAACGCGUCCAACCUGCGAAGAGACAUCACAGCUGAGACGUCAUUGAUGAAUGACCUUGACAAGCGCUUAAACCUUGACCUUGACAGUAGCAGCGGAAACUCAGAGGCGUUCGGCAAGAGAAACGUUAACCUUCUGAUAUCUCUGAACUCUGACGACAACCUCACUGGUAACAGUCACGCGUGGUUUGGUCUCCAUGACAACAGUAAAACCAAUAGCGACAACGGAUCUUUUGAUAGAUCUGACGAGGAUGGUAACAUCAACCCAUACGCUACAUUCAACCAACUGAAGCAGGUAUUGGUGGAGAAGAAUGAUACAGGUAGAAAUGAUGACAUGAUGUUACCAGAGUUUGACGAUAUCAGUCUGGAGAAGGCACAAGCACAGAAAUGUAUGUCAACUCCAUCAGAACCGUAUGUGCCAUUUUUCCACAAAGCCGAGCACGAGACGAGGGACCCAAAUCCGCCCCUAGUGCCGAUGAGAGAUCAAAGCGCUAAACAGGCAGGCUACGACAACCAAGGGCUGAUACUGAGUCCCCGGAAGUAUGCCAGCGCCGAACAGAUUCACGCGCUGUUCACACAAUGUCCACCUAGACCCCAUAGUACUUACGGCAAAUCAAAAUCAGGAUCACAUGGAAGUUCUGAUGAGAAAGGAAGUCAAAGACAUAGCGUUAUUUCGAGUGUGACGACAGUUUCAUCCAGCCGAGAUGAAUUACUGGAAGCUCUGGAGAAUGCACGGAAGAACCCGCCACCUCCCGUGGUGUACGAGUCUCCACAGGACUCCAGUUCCGGUCCAACAGAUAGCUCAGUAGCCACGGAGCCGGGUAUCGUACAAUUCACCCAGUCACCUCCCAAACCUAAUGAACAGAGGCAGGCAGCAUGCGAAGUCCCGGGCUACGAGUGUGCCCAAGGCAAACCGAAACGUUCCAUGAAGAAGGAAGCUGAAAGUGACACGACAGAUCGUGAAACUACAGACGCUCCACGUGAGACAUUCCACCCGCGCAGGACGCGUGGUCGUCACCGUGGUAAACAGCGGGGGACAAUCGCCAAGCGCCAAAUCAUUCCAGCAUUCGUACCAAGAACUCAUAGUAGGACGAGUACCACUAGUAGUGAGGAAGUCACGUAUACGUUUGGUGGGCGGGAUUCCCCACACUCCACUAGUCCGCUAGAUGGCGCCUAUCAAUCAUAUCGGAAGGCAGCUGAGAAGAAGAAAGGUGUGAGGGCAGUGGGUCGGAGCACCCCGCACGUGCGAACAAGGUAUGACACAACAUUAGCCACGCCUGGCACGGACGAACACCGCCCACUUGUCAUGUCGCUCGCCGGUCAGUCAAUGACCAGUCCGGCGGAGGAGGAUGAAGAUGCCGUCAGUCUUUUGGACAGGUACUACCGACCGGUUCCCGAUGAUGACGAGAUUGCCGACAGCAGUUCUGCUCAAAGAAAGAAAAAGGGCGAUAAAGGCUACACCGAUGAUUUUACUAUAGUAUAACAGGAUUUCAAAGGUUACACAGCUGACGUCACAACGGUACAAGUUGAAAGGAGAAAUGCUACACGGAGUGUCAGAGCUCAGGAUAUUGGUCACGCUCCGAAGUCUAACGUACUUUCUACACUUUCCUGUCGUUUGUCAAUUACGGACUAGGAGAAAUGGUACCGUACGGAAAACACUUUAUAUUCAUUUCAAUAAGUGCAAAAAAUGCCAUUUGACAAUAUAAAGAGUUGACCUAUUGCAUAUUAUAUGAGUGUUGAACAUAUGGCUGAUUCGUGCUGGCUCACUUCGGGAUGCUCAUGUUGGAGUCAAUAAAACAAUACGUCUGAAGUUAUCUGCCCUUCGCGAGCGUGACCUUGGAAUGGUGAGGUCACUUAUGUAAUCGACAUCAUUGCUUUUACAUUCCGGGAUCAUAAAAGUGCAAUAGAAAACAUUGUUGAUUAAAUUAAUCCUUGUUGUGAUUUUGAUAUUUGAAUACAUUGAUUUAGCAGCUAGUUGAUAACAUGACCGAUACAAGUGGCUGUUGUCAAUGUUGAUUCAUGCUUUCACCCUUUGCUUUCGGGCCAUUUUCAUCUAAUUAUAAUGUACAUGUAUUCAUAAGUCAUGAAAUUGACAUACCUGUAAUUGAUCAUAAUUGCUUUAGCGGCCAUGUGAACAUUUAGUGUUGCGCAUUCCGCAAUAUGCGCAAGUCUUUUAAGGACAAACAUGACCGAUCUAUUCAAAUGAGCCAGAUAAUUGAAAACUAAUACGAAAAGAAGGCUCAGAAUCUGAGGUAUGCGUAUCUACAUGUGUUGCGUUACGUCAUCAGAUGAUAUUUACUUGUGGCUUGUCAUAACGAACAUUAUUUGACAAGUAAAUAAAAUAAGAAACCCAAAUAUAUGUCACUUGAAAGACAUGUAAAGAAUCCGAGGCGUUGCUACGGUGAUUACUUUUGGAAUCGAAGUUGAUAUAUCUUCAACAGACAUAAGAAUUAAGAAUUAUUUUCUCAUUCCUGUAAGGAUUUCCAGAGUCAUCUUAAUUUAUUGACGUUGCAUGUCUAGGCACUUUAUUUGAUCAAAGAUGUUGGUUAUGAUUCUGUUUCCAAAUGGUAAAGAACAUGUUAGUGAAAACUUGAAAAAAGGGUGUGAAGGAAAUCAUUAUUUAGUGUAUACAAUGUUCUACUUUAAAUUGUGAUACCAUGUAAUGUCGUUAGGAAAUCCAAAAGUGCCGUUCGGAGGGCACAUAUUAACGUUCAGAAGUCACACUAUAUUGUCGUUCGGAAAUAAGAUAUUUAAAAUGUACGUUAAUCUGUAUCGCGAUGUUGUGUCUGGAUAUUCGAAUAGCUUAUUACGUUCCAUUUUUUUCCUCACGCGAUAUUAGGGACAUUAAGUGCAAUAUUAUAUAUAAUAUACGUGUAAUAUUCAACUGCUUCAUUUACUUCUCGAAAAGAACAAUGCUAUUUAUAUACCGAGCAGUUAUUCAUACAAACUGAAAUAUAAUGUUGGCCUUCAUGUUGGUACAUUUAUAAACUUUUAUUUAUUUUACAAAAAUGAAGUAUUUAUGUUAAAUAUUUUUUAGCAAACCUAGUCAGUCCUUCCACUGCCAGUAUUAUCCCGCCAUGUAUAAUUGGAUAAACCAUAUUUGAGUGUUGUUGACUAUCCAAAUAAAACGACGGCUUCUUACUAGAUCAAUAUAGAAUCAAUGAUAAUCAUUUCGAGAAAAAAUACCAAUAUUCUUUAUCAUCGUAUCACCGUUAAUGAUAAUUUUUUCCUUGGAAGGUAAUGGAAGUUUUUAUUCAUUUUUUUAUCUUUGUAUGUAUCUACACAUGCUCAAUGCUACAGUGCUCUUGUCACACGCUUCCUGUUACAGUCCCCUUCCGUAACUCAAGUUAUCUCACUUUAUCUGCUAAAAACAUUAUGAUAUUCCUUGAUAUAUUUAAGGUUUGCACGUUUGGUGAGCAAAACAGUGUAUUAAAGCGUUUUUGUGAAUCAGUUGUUAUAAGGUUCUGCCUAUGAAUCGGCAACAUGUAAUUGUAUGCAGCGAUGUUGUAAAAUAAUAUGAGUAUUAGAAAUGGCAUCAUGCGAGAUUUCAAUGAAAUAUUUUAAUUAUUUGCAAAGCGAAUUAUGCUAUUCUGCAUACACUUAACAUCUUGUAAUUGAUGUGUUAUGCCCUAAAUACAUUUACGAAUGUUAAAUAUUGUAUUUGGCAUUAUGAACGAUAUAUUUCAAAGAAAUAUUGCAAAGAGUCAUACUUUAUUUGUUAAUUAAUUUUAGAUAGUUGUAUAGAUAAUAUAGUUCGUUUUGCCUGUUAGUAAGCUUUUCCCUGUUAGUAAUUGUCACUUAUAGUAUUGCUGACAUUAUUUAAGGAUAUGUAUAUAUAUAGUAGAUUGUGAGUGCGUAUGUACAAUAUUUGCAUUAUUUAUCAUGUAUAUACAAAAAUAUCAAAUGUUCUGCAAAUUAUUAAUACUUUAUAGCAUUGUCCUUACUUAUCAGCAUUAUUUCUUGCUGGGUUUGUAUAUAGUUUUAUUCGUGCUAAUUGGACGUCUGCACCAAUUAUUUUACAGAAGACUGAUCAAACAAUUAUCGGUAAAACCAGCAUUGAUUGCUAGCAUUUUUAUAUGUUAAGGACAACAUAACUGGUAAUCGAAUGGUCAAAAAAUACACACAAGAUUGUUCAAGUUGCAACAAACAUAUGACGAGGUUUUAAGACGCAAUGUCCAUAUUAGAAAAUCGUUUUAUUCUACUAAAUUUGUAUAUUAUAUCAUUGUUUACUUGUGAAAUUUCUGCAAAACAACCAUUACGUUGAAAUCGAUGAAAUAUCUUUAAAACGCUUCAACACUCAACAGGCAAGUAUAGUUUUAGCAGCUUGCAAUAAUUAUAUUUCCCACUAAAAUAUAUUCUUUUUUAAUUGUAAGGUCAGGUGUUUAUUUUUCCCCCUAUAACUCUAUAACAUAUAAUGCAUAUUCAAGUUAACCUUUAUAUAGUAGUUUAAAUGAAACUACUUUAGUAGAAAUCCACUCGAUGGAUUCUUUUUCUCUUAUACCUUUUUUGCGCCGCUGUGUCAGUCAAUCAAAAGAUUUCUUUUACGUUAUGGACUGCAAACACAAUUUAGUAAGCCAAUGAAAAUGCUUGUUACAAGCAAGAUAGAUAAUAUUAAACUAAGUAAAUAUUGUUGUUUCUUAAAGAUACAUAUCAAAACGUUUAAUCUAUUUGUAAAGUGCUUAUAGACGUCGCUAUGUCAAAUGCACACCUUGUUUAAAACAAUCAUGUGUAUUUAAGCUCGUCCUCCGUCAUUAAGUUAAUAAGUUGUCAUGUCUUACCGGCUAGCAAUGGUCAGAUUUGAUGCCUGGAGCAUAAUUUCCUGAACUUCGAACAGCCCCAUACAUACAUGCUCGUGUACUUUCUAUCGGUUCCUUCAACUUGUACAGGAUAGGUAAAGUCCAAAAUGUUCCGUAUAUUGUAACGCUAUUCAAUGUGAAUUUCCAAGAUGGCGACCUUUCUAAAAAAAAAUACGCUUCAAUUAAAACAAAAAUUAUACGAACUAACUACUCGCUGAUAUAUUUAUAUGUUUACAUUUGCUUUGAAAAAAAAAACCCACUUUGAAAUGCAAAAUGAAUGCAGCAUUACAGCCCCACCAUUUUGGAUCUAAGCGGUUAUAUUCAGAAAACGGAGCACCCAAAUCGGACACAGGAGUCAUGCCAGUACAAUUGGUCCGAACUCGAUAAAGAAUACACAUUAAAAAUUGAUAUUCUAAAUCAAAACAAGAUGAUAAAGAAAAAAAGAUGUGAUCCUCGACCGAAGGGCGUUAUUCGAAAAAGAACGGGCUGAUCUUUUGUAUGCAUUUGUCUGUUUACUGAAGGAAAUAUUUUAUCUAAAAGACAUGUACUCUCUAUCACGUUAAUUGUACAUAAAAACCAUAUGCGUCUGUGCAACGUUGAAUCUACUAAUCUAAUAUAUAAUUCAGAGAAAAGGGGAUUUAUAAUUUAACGUUAUAUUAUUCAAAGUAGAAUAUGUUGGUGUUUGUACAAAGAAACAAAUAACUGCUAUUGUUAUCUUGCCUAUAGUUUCCAAUACAUUCCAAUUUUACAAAAAAAUUACACUUGAAAAUAUGUUGGAUGGAAAAAGCAAUCGUAAUGUAUGCAUCAUUGUUUACACGUGACAGCGAUUUAUAUAUAUUUCCAUAAUAGCGUUAUUUACUUCAAACAUUCCAAAAAUCAGCAAAAUAUGUGCGAUUCAAAAUUCCUUGGAUAACAUUAAAGGUUUUAAUCCAAUUCGGAUACAUGUCAUAUGGGAUAAGGUAUUAUUAGAUUGCACAUAUUUUGAUGAAAAAAAAGUUACACCUUAGAUAAUGUGGCUUGUGAUUCGGCGAUAAAGCCAUCAAUUAUUUGCGCCAUCGCCAAAUUUCAAUUAUCUCCCCUUAAUUUCAACUAUACUCGACAAUCAAUAAUUCAUAAUUUAAAAAUCAAUAUAUCCAAAAAAAAUUCAUACUGAAAUAUUAUUGUUUUAUUUAUUUAGAUUUUGAUUUGGAACGAAUGCAGUUAAAAACGAUUACUGUAGGUAAUUUAAAAAAAACCUGAUUGACAACUGGCAGCGGUUUUAAAGGGCGUUAAAACAGCUCUCGAUAUUAUUUGUGAGGUUUUUAUCUUUAUAUAACAUGAUCAUUUUUGGAUGACUUAAUUCAGCUUUAAUUCAAAAGAAACCGAAAUUAAAAUUGUUGAAAUUUCCAUAGUCAGGUAGGUUGCCUUGUAUCUUCUCGCCUUCGGUUGGGGUAUUGAACCCCGACUGUCUUUUUUGAAAACCGAGUGUUCUAUUCACUGCGCCUCCUGACCACGCAAUAAAACAUUUUAGUGUCACUGUGUUUUAAUUUAAUGAGCACAUGCAAUAUGUAGAAAAUACACGUCCAAGUAUGAAAUAUGCAGCUAAUAAUGCAACAUUAAUAUAUUAACACUUGUUCAAUGAUUUCGUCAUAUUAUUUUUAAUCUAAGGGAGAUCAAAGACAAUUAUUAAACAAUUCACUACAUUUGUAUAUUGAUCACGUAUACUUUGGUGAGCAAUAUAUUUGCAUUUUAUGUUCGUUAUAUCGACGUUUUUUAAUGUCACCAGAACACUUUAAUAGUGGAAUGUGAGAAACAUACCGAAUUAUUAGAAGAAGAAAAAUUGAGUAAUCGAUGUUUGAAUAUUCGCGAAUAUUUCGAAUAAAUCAAUUCUUAAGUCUUUUGAUUGUGAUAUAACUAAGGUGAAUACAUCUCGAUAUCGUGAUUAUUUGUUUUUUUGUAAUAUGAAUUUACACCUUUUACACAGAAUUCUUGGAGGAAAAAAUAUCAAGUAAUCGAUAUUUAAAUAUUCUCGAAAAUGCAAAAAAAAAGCAAUGUUUAAGUCUAUUGAUAUCGUUAUAACUAAGGUGAAUACAUCUCGAUAUUUCGAUUUUUUGUUGUUUGUAAUAUGGGAGAAUUUACACCUUUUACACACUUGAUUUUUGGCGGAAUGUUAUCACUUAUAUACUGCCUUAACUGUGAUCAACUACACCACCCAAGAAUCAUAUGCAAUGUUUUGAUCGUGAGUUAAGAAAUACAUUCAUCUUUUUCAAUAGCGGCCUCUUUUUCAUGAUUCAUGAAUCAUCUUUGUCAACAUGUGACAUCGUCAAUCAUUUAUUCUCUGCAAACAUUUUACAUUUUACAAAUCAUGGCUGUUCUUAAUUUCAUGGUAAAUGUAUCAUUGUUUAUAUGUAAUUUGAAACCUUUCCAAUAAAUAAUAGAUUCGGCCAUAAUAUCAUAUCAUUAGAAAUUGGCAUUAUCUCUCAUCAAUCAAUUCAUACUGGACGAUAUAAUCAUAUAAUGUUUCAUUCGAUCUAAGAUUUUACAAUGUGUCACUGGAUUUGAAAUCUUAUAUUAUCUCAUUGGAAAUGAUAUGCUUCUUUCAGAUGCUUAAUGUCAGGUCUUUAAUUCUCAAGCUCUAUUCGUUUGGUCACACGACAUCAAUCAUUAUCAAUGAAAGUAACUGGUAACAAUAGCAUGCACGUAACAUUUACACGAAAAUCUCCCUUAAAUAUAUGACUUUGAAAUGGAAAUGAAAUAAACAAAAAUAAAACUGUCCUUUCUUCGUUUACUUUGAUUGACAUUUUAAAAAAUCUCUGAGCUAAGUACAAAUGCAUUGUGUCAGAUUAGAACGCGAGGCGUAAUGUGAAAUGUAUGGCAAUGCAUAAGAGAUAGAACACGUACAACCCACCGCCUGCAACAUAACAAUCAAAUAUCUUUCAGAUUUCUUAAAAUAAACAUUUGCAUUUAUAAACCUAUAUUCAUGAACAUGCUCUUUUGAAAACACACUAUUGCGUUGAAUAGUACUCACGGGCGUGUUCCAAUCUGAAAACAAAAUGAUAACGUGUGUCAUUGAAACACGACAUCUAUAUAAUAUGAUCAAUGUUUCAUUAAAUCAUUAAUGAAAUGGGUUUGUGCAAUAUUUUUUUUUUUUUUUAAUUAUUAUAUGUUGCUUUUAAUAUCAAUAUUUCUGAUAAGUACUCAUUCUUUCAAUACGUCUUUUAUACCACUACCUUGUAUUAAAACUUCUCAGAUAAGUUAGUAAAAAUAUUUCUCAAUGAUACUGGCUAAGCAAUCUGUAUGAUAUUUCUUUUAUGUUUAUAUUGCAUAAAUGAGGUUUUCCCAUACUGUCUCAUACUGAUAAAUUAAAUAUUUUAUAUAUAACUUCAUUGAAUAACACUUAUUUUAUCUUAUUGUUAGGUCAUUGUUAUAUACAUUACGACACAAAAAUUGUAUACUGUAACAUGGCGAUGUGUUUUUAAUUAUAUAUGUAUUACUUAUGUGAAUAUGUAUAUGGAAAGAAUGAUCAGUAUCGGAAUACUACAUUUUAAACAUGUGUUCCGAUAUUGAAUGUUAAAUCUAUAACGAGGAUCCUCCCAACCCAUUGUAUCACUAUCCUCUCGAUAGAUAAUGGAGGCGGGUGUCGUAUUUACUUAAAUGCUUAGAUAUUGGUUAUUUGUUUUUACAGACGUUGGUUGUGAUUGGUCUAUUUAAUUUAUACAGAUUUAGACUGUUGAUGUCGUACUCUAGAGUGUCAUGCCAAAAUGUCCAGCGGUUGAUUUUGUCUAAACACAUACUGUAUGUGCUUGUUUAAUGAAACCUUUAUCAAAUAUCAUAAACAGUUGUUUUUUUCAAAAUGUUUUAUUGCGAAUUUAUUAUGAUGACUUUCUUUACAAAAAUAUAAAUUGAAAUGUGAUCGGAAAUGAAUGUACGGUGGGUUGUUUCCCUUUGGAAUAAUGUCAGUCGUAUAAUGCGUGACUGGCAAAAUUAACAUAAAUGCAAAUUAAAAUAUUUUUGAUGUCUUAUAAAAUGAAAAAUUUGGAAAAAAACUUUGUAAAGAAAAUAGAUCUAAAUGUAGAAAUUUAUAUUCACUGAAAGUUUUUGCGCGCUAAGAAAAUCGUGUAUGAGAAGGUUCUGGAUGAUGAAAGAUUGAUGUAUGAUACUGCAAUCUUGAAUAACAAUAAUCUUAUUAUUUAAACUUAUUAUCAUGUUAAUUAUGAUGUUUUACCUGCCCAUUGAGUGUCUCAAGAAGUUUAUUUUUUGUUUCAAGUAAUUAUUGAAACUAUGCUUUACAUCUAUUUGCCACUGUUAUUUUUUUGAGGAACUGUUGAAUUCAUUAAUCGGUCACGCAGUCAAUUGUCGAUUCAGAGACCAACCAGACAAACGCAGUGACGUCAUAAUUUCGGACUGAUUUUAAUUGUUGAUUAGUACAAUUAUCUUUCAUCAUACAGAUUCAGUGUAUUGUUUUACUACAAAUGUCUGCUGUUUCGCACAGGUACCAAGUACACUGCUUCUAUGUAAACGUUAGGAUUACUACAAUAAUUUUUUUAUAGUAAAUUUACAGUAAAGCUCAAUAUGUUUUGAUUAAAUUUUUGUUUGGCGGAAUUGUAAUUUAGCUAAAAGCAUGUACCUUAUGCUACCAAUGGUAUGUUUACUUACAUGCAAAUUAGAGUUACGUCCCUUUAACUAAAUGUCUAGGCUGUCGUUGGGUAAACGGAAACAUAACAACGUUUUAGAUAAAGGGCGAUAACUCUAGUAUGCUUUAUAACCUGAUUGCAUACUUCAUGUCCCAUCAUAUCUCUCUCAUUACAUCCAUGUCAGAGGUUACGUCUGCAGUCAGAAAGGAGACAGGUAUACCGAGACAUAAAAUGGCUAUGAAAUAAAAUAUAAAAAAUC